AUGAAAAGAACAAGGCUUCCACCGAUAUCUCAACUCAUUGACCAACUGAACGAUGCAGAGAGUGAUAAUCCAAAUGAAAGCGAAGUCAACAGUAGUACUAUGAGCCAUGGCCAUGGCAUUGCGGGAGAGGAGUCGAGUGCCAGCACGCAGUCGUACCAUUACGCUCUGCCGCUUAGCGGUCGGCCGAGAAUAGGCUCGGUUUCGGACGUAGUAGCGUCUCAACAUCAGCAGCAGCAACAGCAGCAACAAAAGCAUAUAGAAUCACUUCAAAACAUGGGGUUCAGCUUCACAAGCCCAAUUGGGCCCAGCAUGAACCGGCCUCUGUACAACCUGGGUAUUAUGCCUGGUGCACAACAUCCUAGCGAUACUACUACAUAUUAUGUUCCUACACAAGGUGGUCCGUAUACGUUGUCGCCUCAGUCGAGCAUGGGUCCGUCUCUAUCAGCCAAUAUUGGUGGUUACGCUCCUACAAUUACAACGGCUUCAACUUCCGCUGGUAGCAGCAGCGGUAUGGUAAAACAGUCUGAUGAACAACAACAACAACAACAACAACAACAGCACUUCCAAGUGGUUAAUGCCGGCAGCGUGAGUCCCAGUGCACCAAUCAAGCGAGAAGAUGAGCAUGUACACUACUGCACUUGCCAAGAUUCGCAACUGGCGACACACCCUCAAACUCAACCACAACAGCAGCAUAUUCCCAGACCUAGAAACGCAUUCAUUCUGUUUAGACAGCAUUGGCAUAGACAAAUAUUUAAUCAAGAAAAGGAGAAAAUCAAUGCAGAUACGAAAGGAGCAGCCUCCAAGUUGGGCUCCUUCCGAGCAAACUCUCAGGCAUCAAGAGACAUCGGCCAGAGGUGGAGGUCUUUGUCUGAUUCCGAAAGACAAUAUUGGCUCGAUUUGGCCAAGCAAGAAAAGGAAUGCCAUAAAAGGAAGUAUCCUGACUACACAUAUGUACCAACAAGAAAAUCUAAACGAAACUCUCACUCAAGCAAAAAUGCUACUACAGAGUCGACUUCCUAUUCUUCCGCAAGCAACCUUCAUAAACAAACACAUUGUCCAUCAUGUAAUAGACCUAAAAUCCAAAAUCAAAAUCAAAAUCAAAAUCAAAAUCAAAUCCAAAAUCAAAUUCUAGAUCAAAACAUAGACCAAACACAUAAUCAAUCCUAA